AUGACGUUAACUCGCCCUCACAGCCAGAAUAUCGCACUCAUAUUGCUAGUGCGUCGGCUACGCAAAAAACGGAAGCGGACCAUGUACAUACGAGAGCUUUUUGACAAGCGCCCUCAACUCGGCGACUACCACCAGCUGGUGCAGGAGCUCCGCCAAGUGGACCCUGAGUACCACUUUAAGUAUUUCAGAAUGACCAAGGCGAAGUUCGAUCACCUGUUGAGCUUAGUGUACGAGAGAAUACUGCAUGCGCCUAACCACAGGAGACCGAUACGCCCUGCGGAAAGGCUGGCAGUGACUUUAAGGUUUCUGGCAACAGGUGCCUCAAUGCAAGACAUCGCAAUGAGCUACUGUAUGCACGCUACAACGGUUGCUGGAAUUUUAAAAGAAACGCUACCAGCGAUAUGGGACUGCCUAUCGCCGCUCGUCCUGAAGCCCCCAGCAGGUGCUGAUUGGGACAAAAUUCACCGGGCAUAUAGCUCAAAGUGGAAUUUUCCAAAUGUAGUCGGAAGCAUAGAUGGCAAGCACUUUGCAAUUCAGUGCCCUGAUAACAGCGGGUCAGAUUAUUUCAACUAUAAAGGCUUCUACUCCAUUGUUCUGCUUGCCGUGGCUGAUGCAGACUACCGGUUUACUCUUGUCGAAGUCGGGGCCCAAGGAAGGACUUCAGAUGGUGCUUUCUUUAAUGACAGCUCUAUUAGAGAAGUUUUUGAGCAUGGAAGUUUGGAGCUCCCUACAGCAGUCAAUGGGUGGCCAGUUUUCAUGGUAGGUGACGCAGCAUUUCCGUUGCGCACAUAUCUAAUGCGUCCGUACCCAGGAAGGCAGUUGGACGAAAGGAAAAGAAUUUUUAAUUAUCGUCUAUCAAGGGCGAGAAGGUGCGUGGAGAACGCAUUUGGAAUCCUCGUGUCGCGGUGGAGGGCUUUUCUAGGCACUGUCACGGGACAGCCUGAACUGCUCACUGACAUGGUGAAGGCAGCAGUGUGCUUGCACAACUUCUUGAUGGUUGAUUCGGCGUACUGUCCUGCAGGCUAUGGCGACACAGCGAAAGAAGCCGCCAUUGCGCUGGCCCUCGUCGACAACAAGUGUACAACGAUCCUGAGCGACUCGCGCACAGUGGUUCGGAACUACGGCAGAAAUAAUGUGUGUGCCAGUGUGGUGCGCGUUGUGAAGUGCAGUGACAGACAGUGCACUGACGGACUGCGGACUCGUCUCCGAUGGUUCCCGGCGCAUCAAGGCUGCUACUUCGGGAGCACCUCCCCAAACCGCAAUGAGACGGCGAACGCCGCUGCGCGAGGUCUUACUCGCCGCGUGGUGGCACCAGCGUCACUCGUCUUAGCGGAGGGAGUAGCCACCGACGAUAAAGACGACGAAGAAGAAGCCGAACUGGUAACGAGCUACGCGGACGUGCUGGAAUGGUACCGGAGCGCACGUCGCUCCAUGCCGGACCCACACCCGCAGCUCACCAGAGAACAGGCGGUACUCUACAGACAGCUGCAAACGAACUCUGUGCUCACGCCUGCGCUCGCGCGCUUCAUAUGCCCCGACGUCUACGAGAAUGCAAAGUGUAUUGCUGGUACGGUUCUGCAGGGUGACGACCAGGAAGACCUUGGUCUCGAGAUGGCGUGCUCAAAAUCGGAGCUGCUCAUGUUCCAACCGGGAAAAUCAAAGAAGAAGCUGCCGCCGACCAUGAUCAUCACCAUCGACAGAUCGGCCAUCAAGCACACAGCAGAUUAG